CCUGUUCUAGUACCGAGUACGGCGUGUUUAUUCUGCUUCUGCCGCGUAUAUCGACCGCCCGGCGCGCGCCGCCUCAGUCGUCGCCGCUACUCCGACCGCGCCGCGCGGCCUCCGCACCUCUGACAGCUGCCUCGACAACCUCACUGAUCCUACACAACAAAAUGCGAAAUAAAACACACAUCCUGUAUCUGCAAACUGAUAUCAACGUGACGCAUGUUACCUAAUUAAAAUCGUCUAUAGUGCGCCCGGACACAAAAAAACGCGUGUGCAGAACAAAAUAAAAGAUAUUGUUGUGUCAUGUGAAUCUGUGUUGAUCCAGAGGGUAUAUUUGGCGGCUGUCUAUAGGGUGUUGGAAGAAGGAGGCUGAAUAACAUGAGUCGAAAAGCAAGAGCAAAAUGACGACAAAUCAGAAGUAACUUAGCAAAAGUUUUGAACGAAAACAGGCAAUGUCUUGUUUAAUUGUGAAAAAUGUGGGGAAUUCGAAGAUGAAAGCCAGAGCACAUUGAAUGGGAAACACAUGGAGUCGCGAGUGCAGAUGAGUCAGACGCUGCCGAGCAAGCACCACCGACCGGAAGCCUACAGAAGCUGCUCGCAGUCCUUGCCCCUUGAUAUUCUAUGGUUGCCGCGGUCGUCGUUUCGGCCGGCGGAGGGCGAGCUGGCAGACUGCGUGCUGGUGGUCGGAGUGUCGCGGCCGAAACUUGCCGCGGCCCUCCUCUCGGUCACGCUGCUCUCUCUCUUUCUCACCUUUCACGUCCUUUACGACAGCGCUCUUUACAGCAUUCAAGCGGCGAGCAUGGCGUCAGCUGCCAGCGAAGGCCGCAAGAUAUUACAGAGCCAAGAAAGCGGUCGUUCAAUAAGCCACCCAAUGGCUUUAAGAAAAAGGUUGAAAACGCCUCGAGCUCCGAGGCCUGCCCGCCGACUCCCCCAGGCCUUAAUAGUAGGAGUACGUAAAUGUGGAACGCGCGCUCUUUUGGAGAUGCUCUACCUUCACCCGAUGGUCCAGAAGGCGUCAGGAGAGGUUCACUUUUUUGAUCGAGACGAAAACUAUGCCCUCGGUUUGGAGUGGUAUCGAAGUAAAAUGCCGCUUUCUUUUAAAGGGCAAAUAACAAUAGAAAAAAGUCCGAGCUACUUCGUUACCCCCGAAGUGCCUGAAAGAGUGCGCGCAAUGAACUCCUCAGUCAGACUUCUCCUUAUAGUAAGAGAGCCAGUGACUCGUGCAAUAUCUGACUACACUCAGCUGCGUAGUCGAGCCACGCCGUCAGCUCCUGCAGUAUCACUAGUGGGCCAUCCACUGCCCGAUGCAGCGAAACCAUUUGAGCAUCUCGCGUUGGCGCCAGAUGGCUCUAUCAACAUCGCGUACAGGCCGAUAGCAAUAUCUCUGUAUCACGCCUAUUUUCAUCGGUGGCUGGAAGUGUUUCCUCGGGAACAGAUCUUGGUGGUCAACGGAGAUCAGUUAAUAGAGGACCCGGUUCCUCAGCUGCGGCGAAUCGAGAAAUUUCUAGGACUUGAACAUAAAAUUGGAAGAAAAAACUUCUACUUCAACGAAACUAAAGGAUUCUACUGCCUGCGUAACGACACCACGGACAAGUGCUUGCGGGAAACAAAAGGACGCAAGCACCCUCGCGUAGACCCUGCCGUUGUCACAAAAUUACGAAAGUUUUUUGUACAACACAACCAGCGGUUUUACGAUUUAAUCGGAGAAGACCUCGGCUGGCCUGAGGACUAAGCUUAGAUUUUAAACAUGCCGAUUAGUGAACAGAUCAAUCGAAAAGCUAAUCUACAAAUGAAGAAAUCUUGUGAUCAAAUACAUAUCAAAGUAAACGAUACAUAUCAAAUUAAACCUUAUCAAUAGGAGUAAGAUUUUUUAAAAAUAUUUAUGUAUACAUUUUAGUGUAUCCUAGAUUAAGAUAUUUAGGAGAUUUAUUGAUUAAUUAUAUUUAUUAACAUAAAGACGAGUGAUUAUUAUUGUUAUUCUAGACAAAUGAAUUUUAAUAAUUUGAUGGAGAGAAUAAAAGCGUUAGCAAUUAAUUUUUUCAUAUUAAAUGUUAGUUUAUUUAUUAAUUCAGUUAAAAAUUACGGGCAGUGCGUAAGAAAGGGAACAAAAUGUAAAUUAAAAUUGACAAAAUGAAUUUUAUUUUAAUCUGAUAGUUUUUUUCUAGUAGGUAUUAUACAGACUAAAUAGAAUUAAAUUACAGGCGUCUAUCGUGUACUGAUUUGAUAAUCCGACCCACUGAAACCCUGAGCAAUAUAUUUUUUAUAUAUAACUAAGUAUUGUGUGCUAUCCUUAUACAAAGUUAAUUAGAUAUACAGAUAUGAAUUUUAAUAUUUCUUUGUUUUUUAGUAUCCAUUAAUUUUAUUAAUCUUAAGACAUAAUUUGUAAGGAAUCCUUUAAAUAAUAAUUAUAGCUGUGAAUGAGAUGUGUGUUAUUAAUUAUUAUUCGCUUUCUCUUUUUAGAUGUUGUAAUUUUUGGUCGUGCAAGGUGUCUUAAUGUGUUUUAUGUUGUUAGUGAACGUGAUUUUUUCAAAUCUUAGGAGAGAUUUUUCAUAUUGUCCAGAUUCGAGAGUGUAAUUUUUAAGUAUCUAGUCAUAAUGUUGUUGAAUUGUCUCCUUUAGAAAUGAGCAGUUAGAAUUAAUACAAAACAAAAUCUGUGUGUCUAUGUAUAUGUCUAUACUAUUUCCCUCUAUCCUAUUCGAAAAUUCUUUGAUGUGUGUGAGUUUCACGCUGUAGCAUGUUUUGAAAUUUUGAAUAACACGCUGAUUUUAUUAGACAUUUAAAAAAAUAAACAUUCGACGCGGGUUUAAGAAGUAUUUCUAUUUAAGUGUAACGUCCAAGACUGAAGAGUUAGUUGAAUAAGUCUAAGUGAUACCUAUUUAGCAUAAAAUGUCCAUAGGUAAGACGCGAGAUGGCACAAAAGAGUCACAACCUAACCAAAAUAUCGAUGGAUUAAAGUCAAAGUACACAUGUGUAAUUUGUGUCAUGAUAAUAUAAAAAAAAAUAUAAAAAACAUACAGUCGAUUUGAGAACCUCCUUUUUGAAAACGAUGAACCUUAAGGCGUCCAGUAGGUACAAGAGCCGCCAGUAAAACAAAAGUCACCAGAAGCGUAUUUUUCAGUGCUGCAUAUUCAGCCGAAUUUCGGAUGAUGUCAGUAGAGGUCAAAAUAAUGUGAUGCGACUUAAUAAGCACAGGUACGCAAAAAUAAACUCGCAAAAUUUUUGGAUAAUAUAUCAGCGAUAUAGUUUAGCGACUUUUGGAACUAAUUAGUCAUUUGAAAACUAUUUUACAAUAAUUUUCAAGCUUUUGCAUUUUUUGCUUGGUUCUGACUUCCCGAUUCACCCGUACAUCAUUGCACGUUUAUAAACGUAACUGAAAUUACGAAAAAUAUAAAAUUACUAGUUUUGAGGUAGGUAGGUACUACUUCCUGUAACAAAAAUCACAUGUGUGUUUCGGCUUUAACUCAUGAACAGAAGGCACUCACUAAACGCUUUAGCGGGUAAAAUUUUCAGUAGGAAUUUUGCUUCCUAAAUCCAGUUUUCACGAUCAACGAAUAUUUAUAUGUUUUGUAAUUCCGAAUUUUGUGAACGUACUGUAAGAGCACGCAUAAUAUACGAUACAAAUGUGAUUACAUGAUAGUUAAACCUAAGAUAUCAUAGUAGUAACCUCAAGCAAAUGCCCUAUAUUUUGAUGGCAUAUUGCUGAAGUUGAUGCAAUUUAGGAAAACGUUCAUCCAAUUGAUUCAUUGUUAUCUCAGACGAGCAAUCGAUUUGGUCCGAUAAAAGUCGAUGAAUUUUCUAUUGAACACGGGAUAUUUACUAUUACUAUUUUUUCUACAGUAAUAAAUAAAUAGUUGGAGUAGGUAUGAUUUGCUUGACUCAAUUCUAUCUUGACAGAAAGCUAGUGUCCAACAGUAAUAAAACUUGCAAAAGCCAGCUAUAAUAUAUUAGGUAAGCCUAGUUUAAAAGUUACACGGGCUAGAAGAUCCUACUGGCUUUCUUAGCAUGGUUUCUAUGGUUGGAUUACUAGUUUAUACUGGUAAAAGCUACUAAUUCUAUAUACCGAUUUUGCUCUUAGUGUAUGUUCAUCCCAAGCCAAAACCCCCAUAAUAACGUGGGCCCUCUUUGAAUUUGUGUAUCUUUGAGACUACACAUUAUUGUUACGGAAAUUUAAUAAACUAUUGACACAGAUAAUAAUGUAGAAUGAGUCCAUAAAAUGUACUUGGUUGGUUAAUAUUCAAAUAGGAAUCAAACUCCGGUUGUAUGGAGAACGCUCUACUUUACUACUCUUAAUUUUCUGAACUGUACAACAAGCAGUCAAAGAAAUCCUAAUUUUAAGUCAGUAGAACCCAAGAACCUUAUUAGCUCUAGAACCGUCUUGGGGUCGGAGACUUUAGGUCAAUAUUUGCUUAGGUCUCCGUGUAGGCAUAAGUAGGUAUAGGUUGCUUAACACCAACAUGUAAAGUAAAGUAUUGUCAUUUUUCAUACACUAUUUUCUUCUUUAAAUAGCUUUUAAUGGAAAUAUUUUUAUUGAAAAAAUAUAGCACCAUACAUCAGUUAAAUUUUUACUAAACAUUUUUAUGUGUUUUCGAAACGAGUUUAUACAACUAUUAUGAGCUUAAGAAUAUUCUAAAUUGUUUAUUCGCCGCAUGGGUUCUUCUUUUUAAAAAGAGCUUGAAAUUCUUUAAAACCUUUACAGUACAAUUACUAAAAUAGACGAAACACAAAAAAUUACCACUAUUUUAAUAGUAUUUUUUUCUCCUAGCCACCCAAUUAGCAUAAAGUUCGCUAUUUAAUCUAGGCCUUAUGCCUAACAAUACCUUCAAAAUAAAAACCUUCAUCAAAUUUUUAAAACAAACCAUACGACCGAAACAUAAUAGAUACCUUUAAAAGUUUUUUUUUACAAAAUAUUAUUAUUAAAUAGUUAGAUACUGAAGUUUUUUUAAUUUUAUACGGUAAAAAUAAGUAGUUUCACAGUAGAUAAACAUUUAGUACGAUUGCCACUAAAGUAACGAAGCUCAACUUCAGCGAAUUGCCUCAAAACAAGAAUAUCAAGCAUAUCAAUUUUUAAAUAUUUACAAUUAAGUUACUUUAUAGUUAGAACUCUAGUUUAUUUAGUUGUAUCUUUUAAACUAAGUCUUUAUUGGUUUAGAUCUAAUUAGUUAUAGAUAAUUUUAAUCACUGUUAAAUGUUGUGCACAUUCAUAAGUAGUUUUAUCUAAUUAGGGCAAUAAUUUUUAUAGUUACAUAUUAUUUAGAUACAUGAUGAAAAUGUAUUUCCUCUUUUGUUACGUUUCAAUUCAUAAAGAAAGUUUGAAUAUUAUGUUUUAUGGUAGGUUUCCACUGUAGGCUCGACGCGAUAAGAAGAAUAUUUUUUUUCAGAUCGCUUGUGCGUUUUAUCGAUAGAAUGGUUAGCUAAUAUCGCUCUUAAAUCUCAUAUUGUAUAUUAUACUAAUGUUCUUACUUUAGACUGUGUAAAUAUAAUGUAUUGGUCAACAUGAUAUUAUAAUUAUCGCUGGUAUCGUAUUCCAUCACGCCUUGCCUUCAGUGGAAAGCUCUCCUGAAUCUCUGUUUGUUGAAUCAAAAUAGACUUUUAUAUAAUUAUGUACUUAUUGUUCCUAUUAUUUCGUUAUCUAUGCACUAAAACAAAUUUUAAAAAGUAUUACUUGAAUCUUAAUGUUAAAUUUCCAUGUAAAUAUCUUCAGGAAUUUCUUUCUAUAAGUUAAUUGUACUUGUCUUCAAUAAAAUAAAAAAUAAA